AUGGAAGAGGAUGAGGAAGAGCUAGGAAUCCUGAAUGAAUCAAGUGAGAAGUGGCAAGAGCUAGAAACCCUAAAUGAGUCAAAUGAGGACUGGCAAGAUGCAGAUAAGGAGCCUGGCAGCCCUUCCUCCCUCAGCGAGCGCCCUCUGGACCUCCUGGACACCACGGAGCUAAGCAUCGAGAGGAGAGCAGCUAUGAGGCAGGUCCUGGUGGUCCUGCUGCUUCUGCCUGCAGCAGUCCUGGCAGCAGCAGACAGCCCUUAUUUAAUGAUCCAGCCUGAACAUCUCUCUGCCCUCCUGGGAGGCUCCGUUGAAAUCCCCUUCAGGUUCUCCCAUGCCUGGGAGUUGGCCCCGGAUCCCCAGGUGAAGCUGUCAUGGAGAUGGAAGUCAUUCUAUGGGGAGUUUAUCUACAACAGCACCCCACCUUUCAUCCAUAAGCAAUUCAAGGACCGCCUGGUCCUGAUCAUCGCAGAGGAUGGGGUCUCGGGCUCCCUGUCUAUAUCAAACUUGCACAAGCGGGACGGGACCACGUACUUCUGCCGCGUCCAUCUGAAGACAAAGCAACAUGGCGAGAAGCAGUGGCAGUCCAUCAUGGGGACCAAACUAACCAUCACUAAAGCCAUCAAGCCCACCACCCAGAUGAAGACCACCACCAAGAGAAGCGCCAGCGUCAUCUCUGAAGUUUCCUCAGCCAGCUUCACCGUCGCACAGUCGCAGCCCCUGAAUCUGGGAGCCGUGGUUGGGGUGGCAGUGUCCACUGCUAUAAUCAAAAUAGGGGUGCUAGGACUGCUGGCCUUGCUCAGGUGGAGGAGAAAGGGAGAGAUAUGA